AUGGCAAAAUAUUCAGCAGAAAACAUGGACAAAAGGCUUAUUACCUUCAUUAUCCAGGACGAGGAUGCGGCAUAUGAUCUGGAUGAUUUGUUGCAAUCAGAAGCUGAGGUAAUGGGAAAGGACAGGCUUGGAACCUCGUACAGAGUGGAGAUGAAGACCGGAAAAGCCGUGGUUGUGAAGAGGUUGAAGGAGACGUCGAUGUCGCAUGAAGAAUUCGACAGGAGAGUUGAAGAGAUUGUGAAGUUGACGAUGAGCCACGAGAAUCUGCUUCCUCUCAGAGCGUAUUAUUUUUCCAGAUAUGAAAAGCUUCUUAUCUUCGAUCACAUGCCCAUGGGAAGCUUGGCUUCUCUUCUUCACCAUAAGAAUUCAGGAAAAGGAGAGACAAACAAGGCUCCACUGACAUGGAAAGUAAGAUCAGAAAUCGCAUUUGAAGUCGCCGGCGGCAUUGCCCAUCUCCAUUCUCAGGGCUCAAACAUCUGCCAUGGAAACAUAACUUCAUCCAACGUUUUACUCUCCAAUUCUUUCCACGUCCGCCUCUCGGAUUCCGGCGCCGCUCACCUCUUCAGCCCCAACAACGUUAAUCUCACCGCAACUACCUCUUCAGGCUACCACGCGCCAGAAGUACUGCAAACCACACAAAACCUCACUCACAAAGCCGAUGUUUAUAGCUAUGGCGUCUUAGUCUUGGAGCUACUCACUGGUAAGCCCCCAAAGACGACAGAAGGGAUGGAAUUGGCGUCGUGGGUUCGGUCGAUGUUUCAAGAGAAGCCGAUUGUCGAUGUUUUUGAUGAUGUUUUACGAGAUUAUUACCGGGAUUUUGGGGGACAGAUGAUGGUUCAAUUGUUGGAGCUUGCAAUUUGUUGCACGUUCCAGAAUCCUGAUAGAAGGCCUUCCAUGGCUGCUGUGGCAAGCAGGAUUAAAGAGAUUUGUGGAUUCUAGUGAUCACUCAUCAAGCAUUAUUCAAUGUGUGAGGAUAUGAUGUGACAAUAAUUGAAGCAUCCAUCUCAACUAAAAAGUCUAAGCUGAUAGUUGGAUUGUACAUUUAUGUUUAUAUAUGAUAUAUGCUCCAUUUCAACAAUAACAAUAUGCAAAAUGAAAUUGAUGUGAAAAGAAUUCUUUUUACUUGUA